AUGUCGAUAGAGUUCAGCGAGAAUCCCAUCCAAUUCUGCAAUGUUUGCAUGGCGUCGACGGAUGCAGACUACCAAAUGUACAAUGUGGCCGUGAGCGGCGUGGUGUUGGCGAUUGUGGGCGCCGUCGGGCUGAUUGGGAACAUCUUGGUGGUGACGGUGUACACGUCGCCGGAGCAACGGGUCCACUCCACGAGUAUUUAUUUGGCGGCGUUGGCGGUCUCCGACUUUUCCAUGAUUUGCACCGCAAUGUUUUUGUUCGUGCUGGAAACAUGGCGACAUCAUGGACCUCCGAGUGAGUGGGGGGUUAAUUUUCGUAAAAAAUUAUCAGUCUGUCGGGAAAAUAAUGAGAACUUUGUCGCGUCCAAAAUCGCAUUGCCGCAGAGAAAAUUAAUUGUGACAAAACGACAAAAUCAAAUUGCUUUUCACAUCAACGACAUUGCGCUCAUUAUUUUCUCGACAGAAUGAAAUCAGUCUGUUGGGAAAAUACGUACUUUCGGGACAUUGAUUUUGCGCAACUUUUUUCGAAGAAAAAUCAAUAUUCAGGCCCUACUGUGUGUACAUUUUAAGUAUGGCCCUCAUUUUUCAGUUCUUGCAUAUCUCUAUGGCUCGGGCGCACCGUACAUUUUCCCAUUGGGCGCGGUGUUCCAAACCACAUCCGUGUACUUCUGCCUCGCCGCUGGAGUCGACUGUUUCAUAUCGGUGGUGCUGCCCAAACCGUUUAAGGACAUCUGUUGUACCGCGCAGUAAGUUGCGGAAAAAAUGGGAGUUUUUUCAAAAAAAAGAUGAAAUUCUUACUUUACAUGUGCCACAGAACAAUCUGCAAAAAUCUUAUCUUAUGCUCUCCAAAAACAGCCAAGACAUUCGCCACUCUUUUUCCGCGAGUGCGCGUGAAGUGAGGAGAGACGGCCAGAGAAAUCGCUGUUUUUUCACAACUUUUUCAUUUCGCUUCGAAAAAGUAGUUUUUUUAUUGGAAUAUAAGACGACUCUCUUCUUAUUAAGCCUGAAAUUUUCAACUAGAGAGUACGCAGCAUGAAGAGACGGCCUGAGAAAAAGUCGUUUUUUGGCUGUGUCUGUGCGAAUUCUCGGCGGAAAAAGUCGAUUUUUUUGUUGAAAUAGUAGCUUCUACAUUUGAAAGAGAACGCCAGUUAUUUACUUUAAAAAGUAAAAAAAAUUUUAGGAGGGUAAAAAAUUUUUUUCAUCAGUUUUCUGCAAAACGUGAGGUAAAGAUCUUUCAAAUACGUUUUCAAAAUAGCUUCUAAAUUGGAACAAAGUUCACAAAAAUUCAAAAAAAUGUCUUUCCAGAAAAGCCAAGGCAGUUGUGAUGAUCAUGUCCGUAAUGUGUGUCCUCUACAACAUCCCGCAUUGUUUCGAACUUCAAGCCAUCGAAUGCAUUGAUACAAAACACGGAGGCAUUUUAUCGCUGCAAAUAUGCCCCACGGCAUUUCGAAUGGACCCAGUUUAUUAUACGAUAUAUUACACGUACAUGUAUACGACGUUCAUGGCCGUGGGGCCAUUGUUGAUGCUGAUUGUGCUCAACAUUUGUGUGGUGUUUACGGUGGUUACGAAAGGAGCGUCAGGUAGGGACAUAAUGGCUAAGACGGGCGUAUUUUAAAACAAAGAAUUUCCGUAUAAAAUGUCACCUUAUUAUUUUUUUCUGUAAAAUGUCACCCCAAUAUUUCCGUCGUAUAAAAUGUCACCUCCAAAAAAUUUUUCGUAUAAAAUGUCACCCAAAGAUUUUUGAUUUUUUGUCGUAUAAAAUGUCACCCAAAAAAGUUCUUAUUUGUCGUAUAAAAUGUCACCAAAAAAUUAUAUUUUUUGUCGUAUAAAAUGUCACCCAAAAAAGUUCUUUUUUGUCGUAUAAAAUGUCACCUUCAUUUGUUUAUUUUCAGAGGACUCGGAUACGAUCAGUUUGAUAUUGGUUGUCUGCUUCUUCAUCGGUUGUAAUUUCACAGCCCUAUUGGUGAACUUCCUCGAACUAACGUUGUAUGAACAGGUAUGAGUGGAUUUUCAGAAAAAAAGAAUUCAAAAAUUAUAAACAAUCAACUGAAUUAUGAACAAAAAAUACUAUCAGUUUGUUGGGAAAAUAAUGUGUAUUCGACGCGCCUUGGAAUUGUCCUUCAUUAUUUUGUCACGGCUAGCCGCGGCUGAAGAUUUCGUGCGACAGGGAGAGACAUUUUCUACCGCGCCAAAUCCACAUUAUUUUCCCUACAAACUGAUAUCAAAGAGCAUAGCAAUUAAUUUCAAAGGCCUUAGAAAUGAGUUAUAGGAAAAAACUUCCAUACAACUAAACCUUUCUACAACGGAAAAGUUUUUAGCCCCUGGUUGUGCAUUGCCUUCACUGUAAUUGUUAUCCCCCAAAAACUAUUUUUUUUCAUUUUCAGCUAAGUCAUGUCAUCGCAUAUCUCGUGGAUCUCUCUAAUCUGCUCGUGGUCGUCAACUGCACAGCGAACUUCUUCCUAUACUGGAUAUUUGGCAACUCAUUCCGACAGAGUUUGUACAAGAUCCUGUCGGGCCGAACCCCUUUAAAACAGGCGAAUUUAUUGUGGCCGGAGGAUGAGAGCAAUUAUGUGACGCGAAGGCUGUCCGAUGACGUCUAA